AUGGCGUGGUCAAGAUCAAAGUGGUCACACUUUCACAGUCUCUUCUCAACAGGACCCAUCAAAAAUGUGCUGCAUAAUGUAGGAGAAAAUUUUGACAAAAGUUCAACCUGUGGAGUCCAAAACUUACUUAAUAAUCUGACAAUAGAAUUUGCUUUUUGCUAUUUAAAACUAUCAAAUCUUGAUGCAAAAGUGAAAAAUACGCAGUGUUUUGACGAAAAUAUCUGUCAUUUACGUAACUUAUAUCAUUAUAAAUUAGCAGCUUUAAGAGGGAAACGAGGUAUCGGGGAGUCGAAUAUUGACUCUUCCACUUGUCAUGGGCAAUUUUUACGGCCAGUGAGUGGCCACCUUACAGCUUCCUCUUCACCACACAUACUACUGCCUCAACUAUCAAAAAUUCCAAAAUAUGUUGUCCUUUUAAUUGGCAUUCUGAAAUUAAUUAAUCUUGUUAAGAAUUUGUUUACGAAGCUUUUAAAUGGUGUGAUUAUUUGGCCUAAUAAACCGACUGCUAAAUCGUUCCACUCCAGCCAUAAUUCUUUUAAAAAAUAUGCUGGUUCUUGCUUCGCUUUUCCACCUCAUAUCUCUAGCAAUGAUCCUAAUGCUUGGUAUUUUAACCUUGUUCAGCGCCUCGGAAAACGUGAACCUCAACGCAACAAAGAAACAGCCAAGUUCCUCAUUAGUUUAAGUAAUUACACGUGUUUUUUCUCAUCACAACCACUAAAAUCGGCUCAUAUUUAG